UAUAAGAAUCAGUGCCCUAGGUUGGUGGGCGAAAGCAGUCUGAGAAUUCUUGUUUUCCAACGAGGACGAUCAACUUCGCCUUUUAACCAGGUGUGGUUACGUGAACAACGAUCGGCAUCCGAAAAACCGGCGAUACGAAAGAAACUCGACGACCUCACUAGCUCUCUGGCGACUAUGAAGAUGUACAUCGACGCUGAGCAGGCGCGCAAGGAGGAUAGAGAAAGGGAGAAGAAAGAGAAGGAGAAACGUAAGCAGGAAGAACGAGAGCGGGAGUUGAGAGAAGAGGAGGCACGGGUGGCUCGGGAGAAACGUGAAGAGAAACGUCGAAUUAAGAAAGAAGAGGAGAAGCGUAAAGAGGCUGAUUUUCGUAAAGGGAAGGCUCCAGUGUACUCAUCUGGGAGUGACGAUGACAAAAAUCCAAGUAACAGCGAUGUCGAAGCACUUAGCGAGCAAGCCGAAGGUCUCGUAAUAAGCGAAAAGAGGAAGUGUAGCGCAGAACGGGUUGUUGGUGAUAGCCCCCCGAUGGUGACUCCGGCGAAACACCCAACCAAGCGGGGGCAGUUGGACCCUAAGCGAUUGGUCCUUAGCUGUCGACAUCCAGCCCUGAAGAGAUCACCUACUACCAGGAAGACACCGGUGCGAAGCCUUAUGAAGAAGAAGAAGAUACUAGCGACCGUGGGACAGAUGGGGAAGUUGCGCUAUGUCACGGACAACCUGCGAGAACUAGGAGACUUGAACGUCGACGAACUGAAGCAAAUCUGUCGGGAGGAGGAUGUGCAGUUCGAGGAAAAGAAGAAGAUGGAUACGAUUUUUGUGAUUAUGGAGAAGCGGACUCAUGUCGCUUACGGAGUCGAAGGCAACGAUGAGGAGACUACCGAGGUCACGAUCAAGGAAGGUAUGCCCUACCCUCGGGUGGGAGGCCAUGUUCGCUUCAAAUUGCAGGAUCUGGAAGGGGUCAACCCGUUGAUCUGCAAUGCGAAUAAUGUGCCGAAAUUGAAAGUUUCGGAUCACGAGAGUCUGUUAGCACGUGAGAUUGCAACUGGGUUCUCGAUGUGGAUUAAUAGCGAUAAGGAUGGGAUCACCGUUCAGAGGCGUGAGGUCAUUCGAUGUAUGUCAAAGACCGUGAGGAUAGGAGAGAAGUACUUGGAUACUAAGGAUGUUGAAGCUUUGAAAGAGAAGCAGGAGGGUUUGGUGUUGACUCCCUUGGAUCGUAACCUAGGCGAGACGUUAGUGAUGUGUCCUAAGCUUUAUUUUGAUGCCAUGAUGGAUAUGUUUGUUCUAUCAACCGGGUACACAAUUGUGAAUGACAGUGAGACGACUAUCCAGCAGAAGAUGAAGGACGAUGCAAGAGCAUCGGGUCUGCAACAAUUCGUCAGAUGGGAUUCGAAAGGUUGUAUCGGUAGUAUGUGAUAAUUUUCUGUAUACAUCGAGUGUUUUUGUAUUUGUACCUGUUUUUCUGGUCCAAGGGUCAAUGAAGUUUAGCUUCUGGA